AGUCAUUUUGGCUCAAGCGGUUGAGCUUCAAGUAUAUAUUCUAGCUAACCUUUUUGAUCCAGGCGACUGUACCGCAUCAUUUUCUACACCCUGCGAUUGGUCUGCGAUUGUUUUUAACAGCGAUGGACUCGCUGACGAGUCGGGGAACAUCUCAGCGGAUUCAAAGUGGCAUCCCCUCCGCCAUGUGCAACGCUUGCGCGUUGUGCGUCCCGCCGGGAAAAUGCAGUUUCACCAGUGCCACCAGGCGGAGUACGGCCACGCCAACAACGGAAACUUGCGGAUCUUCCGCGUCUUACCCCAACAUAGCCGCGUUCGCACCAUUCUCAGGUUCAGACGGUACUUUUGGUUCGUUGCCCAGUAUGCAGCCACUGCCCACCAUGCAGGAGUCCACCGUGAAUUCGCUCCCCACCAUGCAGCUCCUGCCGCCUUGCGAGCAGAGCGACAACGAGCAAUUGGAGACCGACGACGAGUUCGACCACCCGCGCGGGCUUGGGCGGGCGGAAACCAGAGGAGGCUGCGCACCCGAGGACCCACCCGAGAACGCGCAGGACUCGGCCUGGGCGGGCCCCGGCGCCGCCCAGCUGGCUUCCCGCGAGCGCCCGCCUGCUCGGGCAGCCAGCGGCGCGCCCCCGCUCCACGGCGGCGCCGGAGCAGCGCCGACCAGUGCGCCCGGCAUGCCGCCGCAUUCCGCCGCCGGGGCGGCGCCUGCCGGGAGGUCCCGGCAGGCGGAGCCCGCCCGCGCCGGGGGCGGGGCAGCGCCCGGCGCGGGCCUCGCGGCGCAGGCGGGGCGGCCGAUCUGCGGCGGCCGCGCAGGAGCCUCCGGCGGCAAGCUCGCGGCCGCCAGCAGGGCGCUGGAGAUGCAGCGGGCCAGGAUCCUGGAGCUGGAGCAGGAGGUGCAGGAGGCCAGGCAAAGAAUUCUCCAGCAAGAGGCCGACCUGACGGAGCUAGAGCUCCAACAGGAUGAACCCGUGGCCAGGGCGUUGGUGCCGAUGGAGAAGGCAGCGCCCGUCGCCCCUGGCGCUCCAGCCAUUACCACGGUCGUGAUCCGCAACCUUCCAAUGGCUGUGACGCAGGGCGACCUUCUGGUCCUCAUGAACCAGUCUGGCUACGCGAACCGCUAUGACUUCGCCUACGCACCAACGGACUUUCACGCUCGGACUACGAAGGGUCACGCGUUUGUGAACUUUAUCACCCCGAGUGACGCCCUCGAGUUCAUCGCCGAGUGGAACGGGUCGCGGCUGGCCAUGGCUGGACCCGCCGCGCCCGUCCUCGAGGUCAUGGCGGCACAGUUGCAGGGCUACGAGGAGAACGCCAGGAGGUGGAGUGCGAGGCGGCUGCGUCGCACGAAGAACCCUGAGCUCCACCCUUUCUUCGCCCAGAGGUGAACAUUCGGCUGCACAAAUCGAGUGUGAAAAAGUGAUGAAGGUGGAGAGCAAUAAACGUUGAUGAUGAGGAGCUCACCUUGACCUUAAGCUCUCAUCUAUGGGUUGGGUGUCAAACUAUCCCGAGGUGAUCGGUGGCAUAUUGGCGUUCUGGCAUUAUUUGAGUUUUUUCACGAGCUUGCAUUCCUUGUGUGAUGGCUCUGCUUUUUGAACACGGCUGUGUCGACUGGGAUUAGUGCCAUGUCGUGUCCUCACCAUUUCCAUGCUCCGUUUUUGUUGGUCGUGCUCACGAGGGCCUCGGUCUGGGCGUUGUCCAGUCAGAUCGGCCUAUGUUCCUGGCGUGACGCGAGCAUCGCUAACAGCAUGCCCCUACAGAA